UUUAGUGCCGUGCAACCAUUAUCAAUUGUCACGAAUUGUAAAAUAAACGAUGAAUCAAAAUGGCUGAAAGAAAAGAAGGACUACCAAAAUUACGCGAAAUACUUCGUCGUCAGCGGGAUGACACGGAUAUAAUGAGUACUGGUGAUGAAAAUGACCUAGAAUUUCAGUAUGAUGAUGCAGACAACUUACAGGCAGAAAUUGCAGAACUGUAUAGUUAUACUGAGGAGGAUGAAUACACUGAGAACAAGGAGUGUUUUGAAGAGAAUUUUAUUGCACAAGGUCACACAACAUGGAGAGCUUUAGAUGAUGAAAACAGGAAGAAGUACAUCGUAUAUCUACAAAAUGAACUAGAGGUUGCAGACAGAGUCAGGAGAAUGAAAGCUAUACGAUCUAUACUCUAUCUUGUACAAGGAGUAUUUGAUGAGUGUGGAUCAGAGGCACAACAAGCAGAGUUAACCAAGAUAAAUGUACAUAUGCUGUAUGAACAAGGACUUUUCUUCUCAUUCAUUGAACUACUCUGUAUGGAAGUUGAAAAUCAAGAUGCUAUUGCAGCUGCUAUGAGAAAGUCAUCAGUAUCUAUAGAAGAUAGUUUUGAUCUCAGGGUUAUAUUAAGUGUAUUGUACACUAUGGUAGAAGUCAUGAGAACAGAACAGGAUGAUGACACAGAAGAACAAAGAAAAAAUAGAAAAACAUUUGCUGAGGAAUUAGUGGAGCCAACAUUUGGACAGGAACUAUUGCCAGUGACAUUAUUUGGAAUGGUAACAAAGUUUUGCAGUGGAUCAGCUCCUCAUUUCCCUAUGAAGAAAACACUGAUGCUAUUGUGGAAAAUUAUCCUAGUGUCAAUGGGCGGUCUUGAUAAGCUUCAAGAGAUGAAAAAUCAGUACAGAGAUCAGGCAGGGUUACCUCCCCUCCCUGAAGAUCCUGGUGAAGUUUGCCGCCUUAUGAGAGCCUCGUCACCUCCAGCCUCGGCUGCCGAUCUUAUAGAGCAGCAGAUCCCUCAUCGAGGCCUCAGAGCAGGGGUUAAUAAACGGUUUCUAUCAAUGAGUGAUUUUAAGAGUUUGAUAAAACAGAGCAGCCUGGAUGAGAAUCCGUUUGAAAAUGGGAAUGGUGUUGAAAAUGGCGACGAUGAUCUACUGAAGGAGUUAGAUUCAGCAAAAUCAGGAAGUGAUGAUGAACUUCCACCUACCCCACCCAGACCAUCUACACCUAGAAUCACACCACAGAAAACCUUGCCAUGGAAACCAAAAGUGAGGACAAAGGAUCUGGAAAUGUUUUUGGAGCAUACAAGAGCCAAGUUUGUAGGAUUUCAAGUAAAGCAUGACAAGGACUCUCUGGCUGGGCUACCUCAACCUAUACAUGAGGGCGUUAAGGUCCUAAAACAGCACCUGUACGUGUCAUUGUCAGAGCUACAGGUAAAACGUGAAGAAGAGAUCGCUAAGAAUCCAUUAUCUCAGCCAGAAGUUGAUGUCCCUAACACUCCAGCUGAAAUACUCUUUCAGGCUAUUUUACCUAAUCUGCCACAGUAUAUGAUAGCAUUGUUGAAGAUCUUACUAGCAGCUGCACCAACAUCUAAAACAAAGACAGAUUCUAUAAAUAUAUUAGCUGACCUCUUACCUGAAGAAAUGCCAACAACAGUAUUUCAGUCAAUGAAACUUGGUAUAGAUGUAAACAGACAUAAAGAGAUCAUAGUGAAAGCUAUCUCAGGGCUAAUUCUCCUCAUGUUAAAACACUUUAAACUUAACCAUAUCUAUCAGUUUGAGUUUAUGUCACAGCAUCUUGUGUUUGCCAAUUGUAUACCCCUGGUUUUGAAAUUCUUCAACCAAAACAUUGUCUCUUAUGUUACAGCCAAAAAUAGUAUACCAGUGUUAGAUUUCCCAUCAUGUGUACUUGGAGACCAGAAGGAACUCACAGCUGAUGCUUUGGAAAAGGGAGAUAAUCAACCAUAUUGUUGGAGGAAUGUUUUCUCAUGUAUAAAUCUGUUGAGGAUUCUGAACAAACUGACCAAAUGGAAGCACUCUAGAACAAUGAUGCUUGUGGUUUUUAAAUCAGCGCCGAUUUUGAAGCGGGCUUUAAAGGUUCGGCAUGCGAUGAUGCAGUUGUAUAUUCUCAAGCUUCUAAAGAUGCAGACCAAAUACCUGGGUCGUCAGUGGCGGAAAUCCAACAUGAAAACUAUGUCAGCCAUCUAUCAGAAAGUCAGGCAUAGAUUAAAUGAUGAUUGGGCUUAUGGGAAUGAUAUGGAUGCAAGACCAUGGGAUUUUCAAGCAGAAGAAUGUGCCCUUAGAGCUUGUGUGGAUCGAUUCAGUAAUCGUAGAUACGGGACUAAUGGGGCCGACCCUGAUUUCAAGCCUGUUGAUAACUGUAUACUUAGUGUAUUAGGACAAAACCUUGAUCUUAGUGAAGAGUUCAAACAAAAUUAUGAAGUCUGGUUAGAUAUGGAAGUUUUUACAAAUCAAAUUGACUGGGACCAAAUAGUGCAAUAUUAAGAGUGAUAUAUUUUUGUUGAGAAGACAUUUAAGCAGUUUUAUGAAGACAUUUUUGUAUAAAAAAAAGUCAGACUGAACAUCAUUUAAAGAGAACUCUUGAUAUGAUGUAGAUUAUUAUAUUUCUUGUGGAAAGAUGCAAGUGCUUGUGUAAAUUAACCAUGUAAAUGUAGAUUAUUUUAUUUAUAUGUUCAUGUCUAAUGUUUACUUUACUUCACAUUUUGUUAAAAUUUUGCCUCAUUUUGUGUGUACUUUUAAGUUUUAAAAGUUUACAUCAACAUGAAACUUGGAAAACUUUCUGAUCAUGACAAGGUGCAGUUGUUAGACAAGUGGCAUAAUUCUGAAAGCAAUUUUUUGUGUUAUACCCCUUUUUUACUCAGAAUUUUUAAUAGAUCAAAGUUAACACCACCUGCGGUGUGUUUGUUAAGAUUUACAGUUAGCAUGUAUGAUAAUAGCAUGAAUACAUGACAGAUUAUGUAAAAAAAUAAGUA